AGUGGGCAACUACAGCACAGGAUGGCGCAGUGAGUCAGCUGAGCUGCCCGUGGACCAGAGCCGCAGAGAGACACAGAGACACACAGCACAGAGAGAGACACUUUGCAGGGUGUUGAGACAAAAUAAAAGAGCAAUGUGCAACUUCUGAGAGUCUGACAUGGAAAUACUGAAGUGAUCGGAGAAGCUUGUUGACGCAUUAUCCCGCCCGCCCCGCUGGCUCAGAGAGAGAGAGAGGGGGAGAGAGAGAGAGAGAGAGAGAGAGAUCCAGUCUGUCUAAACUAAACCAAAUCCUCCAUCAGACACUUAGGACGUGCGCUGCUGCGGAUUCACCACCUACAGGAGGACAUGAUUUGAUGUUUCUUUUAGUGGAGAAUAAACGAUGAAUCGUCGCACACGGAGGACGUAACGCUCUUUAAUCACUCUUUAAAUCCACUGUUGGAAUCGGCGCAGUUUCUGUCUCGCGGACGCUUUCGGCUAAAUCACAAGGUAUUUGAUCGCGAUCGUGUCUUUUCCACCGGUGACCUGGAACCAUGACAGCCUCCCCGCUGGUCCCACAGUCCGCCUGCUGACGGUACCGGGCAUGAUGGGAGCAGGUCUGACGCUUUCAGGAUCCCAAACCUGCCGAUUUAUCAAUGGAGGAGGAAAGUGACACCCGGAAAAUCAACAACAGCUUCCUUCGCGACCACAACUAUGCAACCGAAGCUGACAUUAUCUCAACGGUUGAGUUUAACUCAUCGGGGGAGCUGUUGGCCACCGGGGAUAAAGGAGGCAGAGUUGUUGUCUUCCAGAGGGAGCAGGAGAGUAAGAGCCAGCCUCAGCGUCGAGGAGAGUACAAUGUUUACAGCACAUUCCAGAGUCACGAGCCGGAGUUUGACUACCUGAAGAGCUUGGAGAUUGAGGAGAAGAUCAACAAGAUCAAAUGGCUUCCUCAACAGAACGCUGCCUACUUCCUGCUCUCUACUAACGAUAAGACAGUAAAGCUGUGGAAGAUCAGUGAGAGAGACAAGCGUCCUGAGGGCUACAACCUGAAGGAUGAGGACGGACGCAUCAGAGACCCGUCGACCAUCACCUCGCUACGGGUGCCAGUGCUGCAGCCCAUGGACUUGAUGGUCGAGGCUACAGCCAGACGUGUGUUCAGCAAUGCCCACACCUACCACAUCAACUCCAUCUCGGUCAACUCCGACGUUCAGACGUACAUCUCCACUGACGACCUGAGGGUGAACCUGUGGAACCUGGAGAUCACAGACCGCAGCUUCAACAUUGUGGACAUCAAGCCAGCCAACAUGGAGGAGCUGACGGAAGUGAUCACCUCAGCUGAGUUUCACCCGCAGCAUUGUCACACCUUUGCCUACAGCAGCAGCAAGGGCUCGAUACGCCUGUGUGACAUGAGACAGGCCGCUCUCUGUGACAAGCACUGCAAAUACUUUGAAGAGCCAGAGGAUCCCUCCACCCGCUCCUUUUUCUCUGAAAUCAUCUCAUCCAUCUCCGACGUGAAGUUCAGCCACAACGGGCGCUAUCUGAUGACGAGGGACUACCUUACUGUCAAAGUGUGGGACCUUCAGAUGGAGAACAAACCACUAGAGACAUACCAGGUUCAUGAAUACUUGCGUGGCAAACUUUGUUCUCUAUAUGAGAAUGACUGCAUCUUUGACAAGUUUGAGUGUGUCUGGAAUGGAUCCGACAGCGUCAUAAUGACCGGCUCCUAUAACAAUUUCUUUCGAAUGUUUGACCGCAACACCAAACGUGACGUCACAUUGGAAGCGUCCAGAGAAAACAGUAAACCCAGAGCCAUUCUCAAGCCUCGCAAGGUGUGUGUAGGAGGUAAGCGCCGUAAAGAUGAGAUCAGCGUCGACAGCUUAGAUUUCAGCAAGAAGAUCCUUCACACCACGUGGCACCCACACGAGAACAUCAUCGCUGUGGCUGCCACCAACAACCUCUACAUCUUUCAAGACAAGGUGAACUAGAGGGUGAUCUGCCCCGCUGACUCCUGACCUCUACUCAUGUCACUGGGCACGGGGAGAGGGUGGGCAUUAAAAGGAGAGAGAGAGAGAGAUGGACUCUUUACCCUCUCCGUCCUUCUCCUCCUCUCCCUACAUCUUGUUGCUGCUGGUGUGUUUAUUUUUUGCUGCUCAGCUGUGGACGUACAGAACUGAGUUUUCAGUGGCCGGAGUGGAAGAGUGGACAGAGUGAAUUCUGGGAAGUGGGAAAUCAGUACAACACGUGGAAGAAGCUUCCAGGAAAAUCAAGAAUGGACUUUGGUUCUUCAAACUGACGGAGAGUUUUAUUUAUUUAGCCAAUGCGGACGCCCGAGGAAGCAAAUCUUGUGUAUUUAUGCAACAAGAGGAUUGCUGCAUGAAUAACAUGACGUAGCAGCCAUUUGGACACUGAGGAAAGGAGCUGAUCGACAUUUAAAAGAGCACACAGACAGAAACCAAGCGUUCAUGAUGGUGGAUUACUGUCAUGUAGCAACAGUGCCCCCUGUCUUUGAGUCUGCUCUUUUAGGGACAGUAGUGCACCCUGCUUCAGAAUUCCCAGAGGAGGAUGAGACUGUUAUAUAUCUCUGAUUGGGAGAGUUUGUUUCUCUGCCUGUGACACAAACACAGUCAGUCUUUCUAGCACCAGUUCUGUGUCUCUCUGUGGAGACAGUUGUCUGUAAUGUGAAAGAAGCCCGUCCAGGCUGUGUCGAUCCUUUUAUUUAAUGCUGUUGUUUUAAUGAGUCCUUCUCUUGGUCACUGAGUCUGUUUAGAAGCUGUGGUGCCUUCUUUUGGUAUGUUGGGGUUUGAUGUUAUGGGUGUGGGGUGGCGGGUGGUGGGGUGGGGUGGACAGAGUACAAGGCAGGAGUGCGAAUGUUUUAAAAUGAAAUGUUAACUUUAGAUUUUUUUUUUUUUCUCGCCCUCAUCGUCUCUCUCUCUCUUUAGAAUCAAACGUUGAAUAAAGAAAAAUCUUCACUGAGGUUUCAAGUGGAAAAUAAACGACGUGCUCGUGAGUUCAGGGGAGGGCGCUGUGAUGUGUGUACAAAGUAACCGUCGCUCUUAUCACACAGCAGUCACUCAGAUGUCACCACACACAACAAAGCCACAGCAAGACUGAUAAAAAAAAUAUCAAGGCAACUUGUGCUCAACACGUUUAUUUGGACAGUGCCGAAAAUGAUCUGUAGAUGCUAAACAUAACGUGACAUUUCUUGGCAUUACAUAUUGCCUGCCUGGCUCCUGAUCUUGUUUUUGCAUGUGUUUUUAAUCUGAUUCUGAUUUAACUGGUCAUCAUCUACACAUCGUUUCAGGUGCUAUCAAAAUAAAACCUGCUUCCUCCAGAAGGAGCCAUGAAGUGUAAUAAAAUGCUUGAUCUAAAGUUGCUGCAUUGCAUGACUGUCCACGUCCCCGCUCCUGCUGAAGCCGGGUGACGUGGAACAGCGGCAGGUUGUGUUUGACGCCUCUGAUCAGUUUGAACGUCCUCGCUUGUCUCAGAUUAACUUGGUGAGCCGGGUCCCGUAAAAGGAAAAGCAGGAAAAGGUCUACAUGAACUCUGUGAAAUCAGGGAAUUAUUAAGUGUGAUUCCUUUCAACAGUGAUGUCUUCUUGACAAACCUUCUUUGUGACACUUCUAAUUAAAACAAAAAAAAACUUUUAUAGCUCAGAAUGUAUUGAAAUGCAAUUAAUGACCAUGCAGUCUUUAUGCUUACUGGACUUUCUUUGAAUAAAAAAGAAUAAAGCUGUGCAAGUUCAAA